AUGGAUGAAGAUGAAAAAUGGAUGGAUUGUGCUGAUUCAGAGUGGACGAAAGAGAAAAAUCUAACUGCUCCUGUUAAUAAGCUCGAAGAUAAAUGGAAGUUAGUUCCGGCUUUUUUGAAGGUCAAAGGAUUGGUCAAACAGCAUAUUGAUUCAUAUAAUUAUUUUAUCAACUGUGAGAUUAAGAAGAUAGUGAAUGCCAAUAAUAAAGUUACGACAGAUGCUGACACCGUAUUUUAUCUAAAGUACCUCAAUGUAUACGUUGGUAACCCUGACAUAGAGGAAUCCUUCAAUGUUACGAAGCCUACAUAUCCACAUGAGUGUCGAUUACGUGAUUUAACGUAUUCUGCGCCGAUUGUUGUAGAUAUCGAAUACACGAGAGGUGCACAGCGAAUUAGACGGCAAAAAUUACCCAUUGGGCGUGUACCUGUCAUGCUCAGGAGCUCAAUCUGUGUUCUCAAUGGCAAAAGCCCUGUUGAACUUGCAAAAUACAACGAAUGCCCCAUUGAUCCAGGUGGCUACUUCAUUGUAAAAGGUGUUGAGAAAGUUAUCCUUAUACAGGAGCAGCUUUCAAAAAAUCGUAUGAUAUUAGAAGUAGACAACAAAGGCAAUGCAUUGAGUUACAUAGGAAGUAGAGUUCGCCAACGUAAGUGGGGCGCUAAAAAAUUACCUGUCGAUGAAGCAAGAGAUUUAUUGGCUAACGUUGUGUUAUCACAUAUACCUAGCAUUCUUGAUGAUAAAGAUUAUUACGGCAAUAAACGUUUAGAACUGGCUGGACAACUAUUGGCUUUACUAUUUGAAGAUUUAUUUAAAAAAUUCAAUUCGGAGUUGAAGAGUAUCGCGGAAAAAAAUAUUCCGAAGCAAAGAGCAGGCCCUGUAAAUAUGAAUUUACGUUUCUUAGAAUUUGACAUAGUAAAAUACAUGCGACAAGAUCAAAUAACUAAUGGCUUCAACUUAGCUUUAACGACGGGAAAUUGGUCAAUCAAAAGAUAUAAAAUGGAUCGAGCUGGAGUGACGCAGGUUCUUUCUAGGUUGUCUUAUUUAUCAGCAUUGGGGAUGAUGACUAGAAUAUCAAGUCAGUUCGAAAAGACACGAAAAGUUAGCGGUCCUCGUUCCUUGCAACCAUCUCAAUGGGGUAUGUUGUGUCCGUCGGAUACCCCGGAAGGAGAAGCUUGUGGCCUUGUUAAAAAUUUGGCAUUGAUGACUCAUAUAACUACAGAUUCGGACGAUAAAAUUAUCAUCAAUCUGUUAUUUAAUUUAGGAGUUGAGGAUAUUAAUCUCUUGUCUGGUGAAGAGCUAAGCUUACCUCAUAUUUAUAUAGUUUAUGUUAAUGGCUAUGUACUCGGAGCUGCUAGAAAUUAUAAGAAAUUGAUUAGAACGUUUCGUUUGUUGCGAAGAGAUAUUAAGACUGCUCAAGUUAAAAGAAUUCUUUAUUUAAUAGCCAACUACAUAAACGAGUUCGUGUCAAUCUAUCCAAAUCAUACGUAUAGACAAAUUAACAUCGCAUUAGAUGGAGGCCGUGUCUGUAGGCCUUACAUAAUUGUAAAGUCUGAAAAACCGUUAGUUACGAUAAAGCAUAUUGAAGAACUUUCGCAAGGAAUUAGGAGCUUUGACGAUUUCAUCCGUAACGGAUUGAUUGAAUACUUGGAUGUUAACGAAGAGAAUGACUGUAAUAUUGCGUUAUAUGAAUCCGAUAUUAAUAGUAAAACGACGCAUUUAGACAUCGAGCCCUUUACAAUACUGGGUGUAUGUGCUGGUCUAAUUCCUUUUCCACAUCAUAAUCAGUCACCUCGUAAUACGUACCAAUGUGCUAUGGGGAAACAAGCCAUCGGAACAAUUGGUUAUAAUCAACGGAAUAGAAUCGAUACAGUAUUAUAUCAGUUGGUGUAUCCACAAGUCCCACUUGUAAAAACUAAGACUAUCGACCUCAUUGAAUUUGACAAAUUGCCUGCAGGACAAAAUGCUAUUAUUGCAGUAAUGAGCUAUAGUGGAUACGAUAUAGAGGAUGCUGUCAUUCUCAACAAGGCGUCUGUAGAUAGAGGGCCGCAAGCUGAUGCACAAACUGGAAAAACAAUAUGGAAACAUAAGGUAUUAGAUGCUGAUGGAAUUUGCAUGCCAGGAGAAAAAGUCGAAAGCAAACAGAUAUUGAUAAAUAAAUCUAUCCCUUCAGUAACAUCGACACCAAUCGCAGGAACUGGACAAAAAUUGCUUCAACCCGAGUAUAUUGACAUGCCCAUGACGUAUCGCGGACCAACUGAUGCAUAUGUCGAAAAUGUAAUGAUAUCUUCAAAUAAUGAUGAAGCUUUCCUAAUCAAGACUCUCCUAAGGUCAAGCCGACGACCCGAAAUUGGUGAUAAAUUUAGCAGUAGACAUGGUCAAAAAGGUGUAUGCGGUCUAAUUGUAAAUCAGGAGGAUAUGCCAUUUACCGAUCAGAUUAUGAAUCCACAUGGUUUUCCUUCUCGCAUGACUGUUGGUAAAUUAAUGGAAGUAAUUGGGGGGAAAGCUUCUUUGUUAGACGGCAAAUUUCGUUACGGAACAGCUUUUGAUGGCGAUAAACUAGAAGACUUAUGCCAAACCUUGAUAGAUUAUAAUUACAGCUAUGCUGGAAAAGAUUAUUUAACAUCAGGAAUUACCGGUGAAGGUUUAAGUGCUUACAUUUUCUUUGGGCCGGUGUACUAUCAAAGGCUAAAACAUAUGGUUCUCGAUAAAAUGCAUGCGCGUGCAAAGGGACCACGAGCCGUUUUAACUCGCCAACCUACGGAAGGGCGAUCAAGGGAUGGCGGUCUUCGCCUGGGUGAAAUGGAAAGAGAUUGUUUAAUUGCAUACGGAACCAGCAUGCUCUUAGUGGAACGCCUUAUGAUCUCCAGUGAUGCUUUUGAAGUAGAUGUCUGUAAUAAUUGCGGCUUACUCGCUUAUUCUAAAUGGUGUCACUAUUGCCAUUCCUCAUGCCAUGUUUCUUCAUUGCAAAUUCCUUAUGCAUGUAAACUAUUAUUUCAAGAACUUCAGUCCAUGAAUAUUAUACCGCGGUUAAGUUUAACUCAAUAUAUACAAUAG